AUGGCAUUAGAAGUCCUUGAGGCUCUUGAUUCAGCUCGUACACAAUGGUACCAUGUAACAGCCAUAGUAAUUGCAGGAAUGGGAUUCUUCACCGAUGCUUACGAUCUCUUUUGCAUUACAACCGUUUCAAAGCUCUUAGGACGACUAUAUUACUUUGAUCCAAGCAAUGGCAAACCGGGGAAGCUCCCACCAACAGUUAACAACUUUGUCACCGGUGUGGCCCUAGUCGGGACACUUUGUGGCCAAUUAUUUUUUGGCUACCUUGGAGACAAACUAGGACGCAAAAAAGUCUAUGGCAUCACACUUAUUCUCAUGGUCGCUUGUGCCCUUUGCUCCGGCCUUUCCUUUGGUUCAUCACCAAAAUCUGUUAUGACAACCCUUUGUUUUUUCAGGUUCUUGCUUGGAUUUGGUAUUGGUGGAGACUACCCUUUAUCUGCAACUAUCAUGUCAGAAUACGCCAACAAAAGGACGCGUGGCGCAUUCAUAGCAGCUGUUUUCGCGAUGCAAGGCAUGGGAAUUAUCUUCGCAGGGUUGGUUUCAAUGCUCUUUUCAGCUGUUUUCAAAGCAUAUUACCAAGCUCCAAUUUUCUCUAAAGACCCAAUUGUGUCAACACAACCCGAAGGUGAUUUAUUGUGGCGAUUAGUUCUCAUGAUUGGUGCUAUUCCGGCUGCUAUGACUUACUAUUGGAGAAUGAAAAUGCCUGAAACUGGUCGUUAUACUGCAAUCGUAGAAGGGAACGCGAAACAAGCUGCAGCAGACAUGGCAAGAGUUUUAGACAUUGAAAUUAUAGCUGAGCAGGAUAAGUUGGCUGAAUUUAAAGCCGCGAAUAAUUACACUCUUGGCUCGCGCGAGUUUUUUGACAGACAUGGCCGUCAUUUGAUUGGUACUAUGAGUUGUUGGUUCUUAUUAGAUAUUGCUUUCUACAGUCAGAACUUAACACAAAAAGAUAUUUACCCUGCAAUGGGACUAAUUGAUAAAGAUACCGCCAUGAAUGCUAUUGAUGAAGUUUUUCAAACCUCGCGUGCCAUGUUUGUUGUCGCCUUGUUUGGAACUUUCCCCGGUUAUUGGUUCACUGUUUUCUUCAUUGAAAAAAUGGGACGACACAAGAUCCAACUCAUUGGUUUCUUCAUGAUGUCUUUCUUUAUGUUUAUUAUUGGUAUCAAAUAUGAUUAUUUGAAAGACGAAAACAAGAACCUAUUCGCUCUUUUAUAUGGGCUAACAUUCUUCUUCGCGAACUUUGGGCCUAAUAGUACAACAUUUGUCUUGCCGGCUGAGCUGUUUCCAACGCGGGUGAGAUCCACCUGUCAUGCUCUCAGCGCGGCGGCAGGGAAGGCUGGGGCUAUGGUUGGUGCAUUUGGGAUACAGUCCUACACAUUGGACGGUACCACGAAGAAGAUUAAAAAAGCAAUGAUGAUUUUGGCCUUCACUAAUUUGUUAGGAUUCUUCUGCUCAUUCUUGGUCACGGAAACUAAGGGACGAUCGUUGGAAGAGAUUUCGGGUGAGGAUGGGAGAGAAAGUGAACUCACUGCAACACCAAAUGAUAGGGUUUCUGGGGCUCAUCAAGAAUCAAGAACAGAGAAGAUGUAA